GGUUCCUGGUUCCUGGUCCUGGGAGCGGAGUCCGGCUCCGGCCCGGGUUCGUGGGGUCGUGGGUUCGUCCCGGUGGUCCUGCAGCGGCUCGGUGCAUCAUGACGCCCCCGAGGACCCGGACCAGGGAGGCGGGGACGGUGGACGGUGGACCCGCGGAGAGGGCCAGGAAGCAGCUGGAGGAGAGACUUGUGUAUCUCCAGGAGGAGCUGGACAAAGAGCGCGAGGAAAAGAGCUUCUUCCUGCUGGAGAGGGACAAAACCCGGGCUUUAUGGGAGAUAACCAAGAGGAACCUGGAGGAGGUGGAGUCGGAGCUGAGGAGGAGGAGCAGGGAACGUGAGGAGUUGGAGGAGAGCCACCGGGUGGAGAUCGGAGUCUACAAGCAGAAGCUGAAACACAUCCUGUCUGAGAAGCAGCGCGUCUCUGAGCUGGAGGACGGCGUGUGCUCUUCCUCCACGGCCCAGAACCCUCACAGAGAGUUGGUUAGAGGCGUUCAGGGUCUACAGGGGAUCGGCAGGGAGAAACAGGGACACGAGGAGCUGAAGCUGAAACACCAGGUGGAGCUCAUGGAGCGCCGCAACGACUACGAACGCCAGCUCCGAGAAGUGGAGGUCAGCUUCCACCAGCGGCUUCAGUCUCUGAUGGAGGCGGAGCAUAAGAAGCAGUGGGCAGCGGUCAGGGAGGUGGAGCGCCAGAUGAGAAGCCGCGAAAAUUUUCUGCUUGCUGAUCGUGACAGAGCUCUGAGAAGAGCAGAGGAGUAUCACUGCAGCACUGAAACCAGGCUGCAGGAUGACCUGAAAACGCUGAAGGAGGAGCUGCAGGAGGAGAAGAAGCAGCGGAAACGGACGGCCGAAGACCUUUCAACAGCUCAGCAGGAGAACAAACAUCUGACAACAAGUUUAUGUGAAGCCCAGCAGAAGCUGGUCGAGCUGCAGAGACAUCUGCAGGAGCAGCAGCAGGACAAGGACGCCAUGACGAAACGCUGCGCUCGUCUGAAGGUGGUGGAGACGGAGCUGAGGGAGCAGACGGAGGAGCACAAGCUGCUGCAGGAGGCCUUCAAGAAGGUCCAGGCGGAGCGCGACGCGCUGCUGAGGUCCCAAACGCAGACCAUCCUGGACGUCCAGCAGAGGAGCGAGCUGAAGAAGAGCCUGCUGGAGAGGAAGCUGGCGGCGCUCACCGAAACCCUGGAGCAGAAGGAGGCGCAGCUCCUCACCGCCCUGCCGGGCCCCAGCGCCGACCCGGCAGCAGCCAAACACACCGGCGAGGAGGUGCUGGAGUCCAGGCCGGUCUCUGUCGACACCCUGCAGGAGUCUCUGUCCCCAGAAUGAAGGGGGAGGGGCCUGAAGGCGCCUGUCGGCUUGGCAGUCUGCAGCUUCACCUUCAGGAGACCCUGAACGCAGCCUGGAUGCGGUCCUGCAGGGGACGCCUGGACACGGAGACGAGUCCUUUUACUCGUCUUUAAAAACACACCUCACCUGUGAAAUCCUGCAGCCGCUCCUGCAGCGAUGUCUUCAUGUCUGACUCGAGCUCCACCGGCGUCCUCAAACGUGGAUGCAACAGUUGAACCCCUCAACACAAAUGAACGCUCCAGUUACCUGUCAGUUUACUGUUACCAUGGCAACUGAGGCAGGAUUUGUCUCCUGUCAAAUGUGACGCGUUUUAUCUGACGCUUCCAACUCAAAGGUUGAGUUAACUGUCAGGCCCUGCAGGUCAGAGCAAAACUCAACCUGAAGCAGCUGUGUGAAAGGCUCGGGGCUGGAUUUCUGAUCAACGUCGACUCCAGCGGUGACCUCAGCUCCCGUGAACUGAUCAAUCAUGUCAAUAAAUCAAUGCUUGGCUGCUUUCUAACACUGCUUUCUUUUACUUCUUCGUAAUAACGUGUCAAAGUGUUGUAGAUUUAAAAAAAGGAGAAGGCUGCUGCAGUAAAGCUCCCUUUCACCACCAGGACCAGCCGGGUCCACAGACUGCUGUGAUGUUCCAUCCAGCUGAUCUGUCUCGGUUCUGGGGUUCUGAUUCGCUCUCCAAACACUGAAGCACUAAACAAAAACAUCAGCAGAUGCUUAAACAGAGUCACGAGCUACCGGGGUCUGGACCGGAAACGUUCCUCAGACGUUCAGGACUCCACGGCUGAUCGGACCACAUGCUUCCGACUCCAGGACUCCAACUGAACACGCCACGUUAAAGCCGGAGCUGGUGGUUUCUGACCGCAUACAUGACA